AAAACAAAAAAUCUUUAAAACUUCAUAGAUUUAUUAAAUCCGAAUGGAAAAUGAUUGAUCAUAUAAACAGAAAUGGUCUCGAUAAUCGUGAAUGUAAUCUUCGAGAAACAAAUCCUAAGUUAAAUCGAUUAAAUUGUAAAUUACGAAGUGAUAAUACAUCGGGUUAUAAUGGAAUUUGUUUUGAUAAAUCUCAAAAUAGAUGGAUAUUUCAAUGGAACGAAAAUAACAAACAGAAAUAUAAAUAUUUUCAGAUUACAAAAAAUAGAACUAGUGAGCAAGCAAAACAGUUAGCAAUAGAUUUCAAAUUGGAGCACGAUAAGAAAACAGGAAACAUGAACG